AGUGUUGAUUGGAAGAGCAGCUUUUGUGUUUCCUAUUGCAAAUAUUACAAAUUGCAUAAAGAGAAGAGAGAGUUCCAAAAUUGAGUUUCGAUCACAGUUUAUCAUAUGGUGGGCAGGCCUGAUGAGAGGUGCUGUGACUAUUGCCCUAAGUUAUAACCAGUUUUCAAAAUCCAAGAGAACAUUAGCUCAAGACUCGACAUUAAUGAUCACCUCAACAAUACUCGUGGUCUUAUUCAGUACUGUGAUAUUUGGUUCCAUAACAAGGCCUCUUAUUGAAGCUGUGCUGCUAAGGCAUUCAAAACCAGCCACUUCUGAUUCCCCUGAUAGUCCAGAAGAUUUGAGAUUCCAAUUACUUGAAGUCAGUGGUCCCAUUAACCAAAGUAAUAAUCAACCAUUUCAUAGGCAAAGUAGCCUAAGAUUGCUCACAAGUUAUCCAACCACAACUAUUCACUACUUUUGGAGGAUAUUUGAUGACAAGUUCAUGAGACCUGUAUUUGGUGGAAGGGGUUUUGUUUCAUCUGUUCCUGGUUCAUUAUCUAGUGAAGCAGAGGAAAUUUCUUGAAACACAAUUAAGCUGCUUCUCUUCAUCUUUUCUUUCAAUAGUUAAUGCACAGACGGUGGUUUUGUUACUUUUGUAUAACUAAAACCGUAAUGCCUAUUUAAACCAUUUUCUCUGUACAAUGCCAAAAGUUGUUACAUGGAAAAAUCAGAUUUGAGGGUGA